AGUGUUUCCUUGCACUUGGUUCACUCGCUCCGCCACCAGAGGCCCACGCGUCCAGACGCACGAGAGGAAGAGAUCGAGCACACUGCAGCGGAAACCCGAGUGGCAGUGAUGUAAUGUCGCUCGCUGUCUGCUGACCACGGAUGGCUGUUUGUGCCAGGCUCUGCGGUGUGGGUCAGUCGCGGAGGUGCCGCAGGCGACCGCGACACAAUCAGCGGGACCAGGGCAGCGAUUCCGACAUGGACGAGGAGGAGGAGGAGCGGAUCGUGGGCCAGAAGCAAGGCACCGCCGGCUGCGGGGACCGGGAGAGCGGCGUCAACACCGCAGGGCCGAGCCGGUUGCACCGCAACGCGCUAGACGGCGCGGGACUCCCGCACCCGCACCAGCACCCGCAUGCUUUGUCGGAACUACCGCCGGAGCUUUUAGUGGAGAUCUUCUCCUUGCUUCCCGGAACUGCGCUACCCAAUGUCGCCCUCGCCUGCAAGAAAUUUAGACACAUUCUCAACACAGAAACCAUCUGGAGAAGGCGGUGCAUGAAAGAGUUCCACAUGAAGGAGGAUCUGAGAAAGAUGGAAGUUGGUGGAGUUUCUAGCCGUGAGCUCUAUGUGAAACUUCUUCAUCCAUACAGACACAUUUUGGGAUUAUGGCAGCCUGACAUAGGCCCUUAUGGGGGGUUACUUAACGUAGUGGUGGAUGGGCUAUUCAUCAUCGGCUGGAUGUAUUUGCCACCACAUGACCCUCGUGUGGAGGAUCCCAUGAGAAGACGGCCUCUCUUUCGUAUCCACAUGUGGGAGAGCAAAAAGGCCACUGUGGAGUGUAUGUAUGGAAACAAGGGUCCCCACAAAGGAGACAUCCAAACUGUCAAGAAGGAUGAAUUUUCAACAAAAUGUAACCAGACAGAUCACCACCACAUGCCAGGAGGCAGACAGGAAGAGUUCAGGAGAUGGCUGGAGGAAGAAUGGGGCCGGACGCUAGAAGAAAUCUUCCAUGAGCAUAUGCAGGAACUCAUCCUGAUGAAGUUCAUUUACACCAGCCAAUAUGACAACUGCCUGACAUACCGACGGAUCUACUUGCCUCCUGCAACGCCCACUGACUUAAUUCAUCCAGGCCUCUUUAAAGGCACCUAUGGCAGUCACGGUUUGGAGAUUGUCAUGCUCAGCUUUCACAGGACCUCUGCAAGGGCCACCAAACUCACUGGAGACCCCAACGUUCCCGCCGGGCAACUGACUUUGGAUAUUGAUCUGAGUCAGCCGCUUGUCCUCCCAGACUUGGAACAUCAGCGCAAUAUAGAGGAGCUGUCACGCCUCGUAUUGGGGGUACAUGAACAAGUACAGAGGCAGGUGAGGGAAGGCACCCCUGCCACUGUGAGAGCCCCUGCAGAAGGCGAUUGUGGUGACGCUGCCGCCGCAGACGCGGCGGAAGCCGAUCAUGGUGACAUUUCUGAUGACUGCCAGCCAGGUCCAACUGUGGACCCCAGUCCUUCUGAGAGCCAACCCUUCGUCCUGCCCCUCGGAGUCAUGGCUCGCAAUGAAGUGUACCCACGCACUUGCAGAAAAUGCUUCUACGGGACGGGCCUGAUCGCCGGGCAUGGCUUCACAAGUCCAGAGCGCACCCCAGGGCUAUUUGUGCUGUUCGAUCAGGAUCGUUUUGGCUUCAUCUGGCUGGAGUUGAAGUCUUUCAGUCUCUACAGUCGCCUGACGGACCACCUAGCCCAUGCACAUGCCCCAGACUUGGAGCGAUUCGAGGCCAUGCUGCGCAACAUGCAGUCUUGGACAUCAUGAGAACCCAAGUUGCUUCCGGCAAUACAAUGCAUUGGCAUAUUAAUAAUGAUAAUAAUAACAAGAAAUAUAAUAAUAUACAGUACAGCACAUGAUACUUCGCCUCCCAUCCUCACAGCGGUACAUAUUAGAUCAUGACAUUACCUUUUCCAGCCUCUGUAUUAUUUUGUUUUACUGUCUGAUAAGGGCAGUUUCAUCACUUUGACCUGAUCUUGAGUCAAGUCACUCGAGGGCAGCAUGAUAACAGGUCACAAAGUUUUUAUUUAUAUAUUUCCUCCAGGAGAAACAGAGAUACUAUAUUGCAUACCAUUUAUCAUGGCUCAAACAUUAUGUGCCUCUGAUUCUAAAACCAUGUCUAUACUUUGUAGGAUUUUUUAAAAAUAAUGGUGUGAAAUGGAUUUCCAUUCAGUGCUCAUUAUUUUCAAUAACAUGCUGCAUUUUAUUUGCAUUUGGGUUUGCAGCAAAUUAUUUUAAGGAAGAGUCAUGCCUUUCGCUUUAGUUUGUAAAACCCAUGAUUUUAAAUAGACAGCUUCUCAGGUAUUUUUUUGUCACAAAAUUGUGAAUAAUAGGACACCACUCCUCUAUUUGUUUUAAAACGUAACAACAUUAAAUACAUUUUAAAGAUAGCCCAACAGAAAUAUAUUGGCUCUCGCAACAGAGCGACUUUGCAAAUGUUGGCAAAGAAAUUGCUGUCUCAUCAAACACUGUAGCACAGAUUAGAAUUAUUUUUUUGCUCUUUGAGCUUUAAAGAGAUUUUCAGUGAUAUGCUUUGGCUUCUAAACAUUAUUUCACAACACCUAACUUGAUAUCAGUUGAAAACAUGUACAGUAAUAGAAAAGUAUAUAGAUAUAUAUAUAUAUAGAUACACUGGAUUCAUUCAUUGUAUGACAUUGUUUUGUGAGAGAUACAACAUUGCAACAUCUUGUGUGUACCACAUUUGCUGUUUCAAUGUUUGCCUGACCUUUUAUCCAAACGACAACUUGCUCUAUCUAAUUUUCUGAUUUAUUUCACGACACUGUCUAGCUAAACAUUAUAGAACCCCAAUA